AUGACUGCCGCCAACGAGAUUGUGAAUCUCGGCAUGAAGGACCUUGGAUAUGAAUAUGUUAACAAGCGUAUCAUCCCUGAUGCCAAAAAGUUUCCUGGCGGGAUUUCUGGGCUGGCUGAUCAGGUUCAUCGGUUGGGGUUGAAGAUUGGUGCUGGCGAGACUACUUGUGCUGGAUACCCUGCUAGUUUAGGGUAUGAGCAGGUUGAUGCAGCAGCUUUCGCGGAAUGGAGAAUUGAUUACCUGAAGUAUGACAAUUUUGGCGUCCCACGUAACUGGACAGACCAAUAUGCCGUGUGUGACGACGGCUCUGGCGACUCUGUGAAUGCACUUGUCCUGGCGUUUCGAACCCAGCGCCCGCUGGGUACGAUUGGACUUAAGUCUGAUACCUUCACUCUGUAUACGAGGAUGCGCGAUGCUUUGAAGUAA